UCCCCAAACCCCCCUGACACUGUAGCCAACUGACUGGGAUUUGCCCAAAUCUUAAAUCUGGAGGAAAAAGUGGAGGUCUGCUGUCUUGAAGACCAUUUUAUUGCAGCAAGAAAGUCUGUAGAGGAAAGUUCUCCAUGAAUGUACGUCACAAUGAUGAUGACAGACCAGAUCCCGCUGGACCUGCCUCCCUUACUCAACGGCGAGUUAACCAUGAUGCCUCACUUGGUUAAUGGGGAUGGAUCUCAACAGGUUAUUUUUGUUCAAGUCAACCCAGGAGAAACCUUCACAAUAAGGGCAGAAGAUGGAUCCCUGCAAUGCAUCCAAGGUCCUGCUGAAGUUCCCAUGAUGUCACCCAAUGGCUCCAUUCCACCAAUCCAUGUGCCCCCAGGUUACAUUUCACAGGUGCUGGAAGAUAACACAGGGGUACGAAGGGUUGUAGUGACACCACAGUCUCCAGAGUGCUACCCUCCCAGCUACCCUUCAGCAAUCUCCCCCACACACCACAUAUCUCCAUACCUUCCCCACCACCCCCACUUCAUACCCAGCUCACACACUGCUUUCUACCCACCGGUCACCGGACCAGGAGACAUGCCCCCCCAGUUCUUUCAACAGCAUCACCUCCCCCCCACAAUAUAUGGGGAGCAAGAAAUCUUACCAUUCUAUGGAAUGUCCAGCUACAUUACCCGAGAGGAUCAGUACGGCAAACCACAGCACAAGAAGAUUAAAGAGAGACAGCUGGACAGGCAGAACCGACUCAACAGCCCGCCGUCGUCCAUCUACAAAUCCCACAUAACCUCCUGUACAAUGUACAACGGCUACGGCAAGAGCCAUGGCGGGGCGGGGGGCAGCGGAGGAGGCAGUCCAGGCAUCAAGAAAACAGAGCGCAGAGCGAGGAGCAGCCCAAGGUCCAACGAGCAAGAUGUGCCAGAUCAUGACUCGGAAACCAAGAGAGUUCAAGACAUGCUUACAGGAAUUGAGAAACCACAGGUGUCUAAUGUCCAAGCCAGGAGCGCCCGCCUAACUUGGGCCCCACCAUCAGGGCUCCUGAAUGGGGACAGACAUAGCAACGGCCUGCCUUACACCUGUAGCUAUGAGGUCACAUUGUCAGACAAGGGGAGGGAUGGAAAGUACCACAUUAUUUACAGUGGAGAAGAAUUCGAAUGCAAUUUGAAGGAUCUCAGGCCAGCAACAGACUAUCAUGUAAAAGUGUGUGCAAUGUACAACUCCCUAAAGGGAUCGUGUUCAGAGCCAGUAAGCUUUGCCACACACAGUUGCAGCCCUGAGGGACCCUUACCUCCAAAACUAUCGCACAGAAACAAGAGUUCCCUUACACUGCAGUGGAAGGCCCCAAAUGACAAUGGUUCAAAAAUCACCAGUUAUCUAUUAGAAUGGGAUGAGGGAAAAAGGAACAGUGGCUUUAGAGAUUGUUAUUUUGGGAGCCAAAGGCACUGUAAGCUAACCAAACUCUGCCCGGCGAUUGGAUACACUUUCCGACUAGCAGCACGGAACGACAUAGGCACCAGUGGUUACAGCCAGGAAAUUGUGUUUUACACAUGUGGAAACAUCCCUCAGUCGCCCUUGGCUCCCAGACUUGUGCGGGCUGGCAUUACUUGGAUCACCUUACAGUGGAAUCGGCCAGAUGGCUGUACACCUGAGGAGGUGAUCACAUAUACUCUGGAAAUACAGGAGGAGAACAAUGGGAAUGGGUUUCAUCCAAAGUACACUGGUGAAGACUUGACAUGUACUGUGAAAAACCUCAAGAGGAGUACACAGUAUAAAUUCAAGCUCAUUGCCUCCAAUGUGGAAGGGAAAAGCAGCCCCAGUGAGGUUCUUGUUUGCACCACAAGUCCAGACAGGCCCGGACCUCCUUCCAGGCCUUGUAUUAAAGGAGCCAUUACACCUCACAGCUUCUGUGUGAACUGGGAUCCCCCGCAAGACAAUGGAGGUUCAGAAAUCUUGAAAUACCUCUUGGAAAUAUCAGAAGGAAACUCAGAUGCAAACCAAUGGGAGAUAGCAUACAGUGGAUCUGCCACAGAGCAUGUGUGUGAUCACUUGAAACCAGGCACUUUGUAUAGACUGCGGGCAUGCUGCAUCAGCACUGGUGGGCACAGUCAGUGUUCUGAAAGCCUGCCUGUUCGCACACUAAGUGUUGCACCAGGGCCGUGUCAACCCCCAACAAUUGUAGGAAAACCCAAACACAAGGAAGUCCUCUUACAAUGGGAUUGUCCAUCCUCAGACAGUGCCUGUGAGGUGACAGAGUACAGCCUGGAAAUGAGCGAAGCAGACGCAGACCCCUCCGAGGUCUACCGUGGUCCUGACCUGGAAUGUACAGUCAGCAGUCUUCUCCCUGGAACCACCUACAGCUUCAGAGUCCGAUCCACCAACGAGGCUGGGUACAGCCCCUAUUCUGGAACAACAGAAGUAACUACUGCAGCAGGACCUCCAGGCCAGUGUAGGGCGCCGUUUCUCACCUUAACAUCUAAUACCUGUGUUCUUGUAAGCUGGGAGAGCCCUGAGAACACUGGAGCAGAUAUUUCAGAGUACAGACUGGAGUGGAGCAGAGAAGAGGAGUCUUUGGAGCUUAUUUACUGCGGUACAGAAACACAAUAUGAAAUCACAGAUCUCGCUGCAGCAACACAUUACUGCUGCAGGCUCCAGGCAGCAAACCAAGCAGGCGCUGGACCCUACAGCGAUGUGGUGACCUGCAGCACCCCAGCCACGGAGCCAGGAGUGGUGCCUGUGCUGUUUGUCCUAGAUGACGAUCACAUAGACACACUCCUCAUUUCCCCCUCCAUGUGCCUUGCAUUAAAAUGGGAAGAGCCUUGCAAUAAUGGUUCGGAAAUUAUUGCAUAUGUCAUCGAAAUGGGAAGCAGUCAGAUCAAAGUGGACAAUGUAACAAGCUUCGUGAUUAAGGGUCUGCAGCCAGAUAGCGACUACAGCUUCAGAAUCCAGGCCGUGAAUGGGAUCGGAGCGGGUCCCUUCAGCCAGACAGUGCAGGGCACGACCAGGCCGCUGCCUCCCGCACCCCCCAGGCUUGAGUGUGCUGCAGCCGGACCCCAGAGCCUCAAACUCAAGUGGGGAGACAACAACACCACCACCAAAGUGCUCGUGAUGGACGACAUGGUGUACGCGCUUCAAAUAGAGGACAAAAACAGAGGGUUCGUUACCAUCUACAGAGGACCAAGUCAUACUUACAAGGUACAGAGGUUAACAGAAUCCACCAGCUACAGUUUCCGAAUGCAAGCAAUCAGCGAAGCAGGAGAGGGCCCGUUCUCUGAAGUGUACACCUUCAGUACAACCAAAUCAGUCCCACCAGCUGUCAAAGCUCCCCGGGUGACCCAGUUAGAAGGAAACACAUGUGAAGUCACGUGGGAGGCUAUUCCACCAAUGAGAGGCGACCCAGUCAGCUAUACUCUACAGGUCUUGGUCGGGAGAGAAUCAGAGUACAAACAGGUGUUCAAGGGGGAGGACACCGCAUUCCAGAUCUCAGGCCUUCAAUUUAACAUGGAUUACCGUUUCCGUGUGUGUGUGUGUCGCCGCUGUACGGACACCACGCAGGAACUGACUGGAGCAUUCAGCCCCUCAACCCUCUUCACACUGCGACGUAACGAGCUGGCACUGGCUGGAGAGCUGGGGUCAACAGACAUCACCAAAUCAAAGAGCAUGAUGCCCACUGAUGAACAGUUUGCAGCCAUCAUUGUAGUUGGCUUCGCAACUCUGUCCAUUUUGAUUGCCUUUAUUUUACAAUACUUCUUUAUGAAGUAAAACCACAUACAUAUUUUUAAGUAAUUCAGAUUUUUCUUCUUUUCAUUUCCUCGCUCUAGUUUUUGUCCUUCACUUAUUUAUUAUAUUUUUUUCUAAGGUGUUCUAGCAGCCUUAUGUUUUGCUGCACCUUGUUUGGGAAAGAAAAGUCUGAUUUUAAAACCCUAAAGAAGUUGUACGCAAAAACAGGUUAAAAUCAUGUGCAUGAUAUUUUUUAAAGCUACGAGAAAGAAAAAAAAAAAGUUAUGGCCUUAUUCUUUGUUUACUGUUUAUAUGGAUUAGCUUUUUUGUGUUUUUUUUUUUUCAGCGAUAUACUGUGCAUGUAGGAACAAUACCUUUACCAUAUGGCAACCAAUCACUGCCCUUUUAAAUAGUUAAAUACUUGUGUUAGUUGUCAAAUAGUGUUAUCCAAAAUGUAUACAGUUCUAAACAUGUGUCAGGGUUAUUGAAAUCACAGUAUCAAAAGACAAAACAAACUGCAAGUGAAGAAUAUAUUUUAUCAGGACACUUAGGCCACAAAUGCCAGCAUGAAGCUGCCAAAGCCAACUACAAUCCAUGCAGUGGUCAUGUUUUAAUGAAUGCUGCUAUCCUAUAUUUAAAAAGAGGAAAAUCGAUCACACUAUAUGUAUGUUGUUCUCAUUUGUUAUCUAAUGAAUAUAUAUAUAUAGAUUAUAUACAAAGCAACACAAGUUACAUAUUAACACAAACAAAUAUCAAAUUAAAAAAAAAAUUCAAUGCAUUUUAUAAUUGGUGCUUAAACUUUGAGGUCAGUUGACUUGGUCUGAAUUUACAGUAAUCCACUGCUACUCUAAAUGUAGGAGGCUAUAUAAAGUCUUCACAGUGUAAUUCGGUACAUUUCUGAAAUACCUGAAUGUAAGUAUAUUAUUUUUAAAGCCAUACUUUGUCAUUAAAAAGAAGAGGAGCUGUAACACAAAUUUGUCACACUACAGUGAUUUGAGCUGAACCCAUUGUAUCGAAACCUAAAUACCUAGCCCACCCAGUCCCUCCAAAUCCUGCUGCAGUCCCAGUAGAAUACUUUGUAAUCAAUAAUACUCCUAAUCACUGUGGGACCAUGCCUUAUAUAAACUGGCCUUAAAACUCAAUGUUAACAUUGGAAUAAAACCAUUCCUGUAGUCUAUGUAGUUAGCUACUGUACAUGCUAUUUGUCUAGAAUAACCCUAGAGGUACAGUAAUGAAGUGCUAACCAGGCUUUGACAGGCGAAACAGUCUCUUCUCAUUUACAACCUUUAUAUACCAGAAAAAAUACAUAAACCAAACAUAUCUGAAGGCAAUGGUAGUGGUCUUUCCAAAAAAAAAAAUACGUAUGAUCCAAAGAAUUCAAUUCCAUUAAAUUGAAGGCCUCUUGUGUAGUAUUAAGAACAUAAGAACAUAUAAGAAGUGGGGGUCAUAUCCUAGCUCUUAUACGAAAGCCUGUACAAAUGUACCUCAGGGACAUAAAGAGGUGAGGUAGUACAUAUUAAAUGAUUUCCAGGAGGGUGCUGCCAACACUAGGAUUGUGUAUUCUUUUAAUAUCGUUUAGUCUGUUUUGUUUUUUUUUCUCCAUUGUCUAAGCUGCGCCUUGUUCUGUCCAUAAGCAAGGUCAUUUAUUACAGGAGGGUGCUGCAAAGACUAGGAUUGUGUAUUCUUUCAAUAUCUUUCUUUGUUAGUCUUUGUUUUUUUUCUCCAUUGCCUAAGCUGCGCCUUGUUCUGUCCAUAAGCAAGGUCAUUUAUUAGCUCAAAACAAAUACCUUAACCAAAGUUAAUGGGAAACCAAGGUAUAAUUCUUUUAUUUUAGGUUUAUUUAUACUAAAUAUUGCAUACAGUACUUUAAUGCCAAUUACAGUGCAAUCUUCAUUUAUUUAUUUUAAAAAUUAAGUGUUUAGUUAUGUACUAUUUUUUGUUUCCUUGUAGCAUGUUAUAUAUUUUUGUUUUUCUGUUUUGUAUUGUUGUAUUUUAGAUUUAUAAUUACAGGCCACCAUUCCUAAUAUUCAAUUACCCUUUUUAUGUUUUAUUAUUUGUGUAUAAUAAUUGGGAACACAUAAUACAUUUAAUGCCAAUAUCAGCAACAGAAAGGUUUACAUAUUUUCCAAACACUUAUUUAUCUCCUUUCAAAAAAAGUGCUGAACAUGUAUUUGAUGUGCCUAUGUAGAUGUAGCCAAUGUUAGCCAACAUAUAGUUUCUUUUUUGGGAUAUAACUUGCUAAAUUGGCAAUGCAAGAUAGUAUUAUUAUAUUAAGCUUAUAAACUUGUGCAUUUUGCCAAAGCUAAGAAUUGUCCACUUUAUUUAGCUUCUUUUUUUAAUUUUAUUUCUUCUUUAAUUUAAAACGUUACAUGUGAUGAGAUGUUUUGUAACACUAUGUUGUUAUUUCUGUGAUUAAGUCAUUCUUUAAAAAAGUAAGUGCCGUUAUUAACCCUGUGAGAUGAGUUUAAAAAAAUAGGUAUGAUAAAAAGCAAACCAAAUUAUAUUGAGACAACCAACAACCCUGUGAUAGAUUAUAUAUAGGAGAGAGAGAUAUAGAUAGAUACAUAUAAUGUGUGUGUUAGUCUGAUGGUAAUUGAAACUAACCGAACUUAAGCACUUUUUCAACAAAAUAAUUGUCUUUAUAUGACAGUCAUUCAUAUUCAUAUAUAUAAAGCUGUAAUGCUUAAGUAUACAGCAUACAAGUUUGUUUUAAUAUCAGAUUUCUAAAGAAAACAAAUAUAUUUAAAAAAAAAAACACAAAUGUUAUACUAAAGUGAAAACGUACCCUCGAGUUAAGUUUGAAAACACUGUUAAAAAAAAAUGCUGAAAUCAUGUUUGUUUCUUUAUUUGACUGGGCUAAUGUUACAGAAUCCUAAUAGCAACGAGCCUGAUUACUGUACAGUGCUGAUUCAUAUGUAUUCCCAGUGAAAUGUUUAGCAGAAGAACUCUUUCGAUAUUAUCUUUAAACUGAAAAAUAAAAAUGAAGAUUUUUUUACCUCACAGAUAGACAAACAUUCCAAGCUUUUUCAAAAUACAAAAAUCAGACAUUUGUGUUAUGUACAUUUUUAGACAAUUUCAUAUGCAUUAUAUACAAACUGCCAUAUCAAUUUUAAAUGUAUAGAUUUUGCAAAUACUACCCUAUGUAGGUAAGACUAAACUGUAUCUGUAGCGUAUAUGUAAUAUAUUUAUGCCCAAUAAAUGUUAAUUUUUUCUGAA